GGAUGUGAUUUUGGUAUAUAAAGGGGUCCCAAUAAUCCAGUAAGUAUCAUUCACUCAACAAGCAUUCUAGAAGAAUCAAAACAACCAAACCAACCACAAAAAUGAAAUUCAUCAUUGUAAUUGUCAUGUUUGCCUUUGUCGCUUUGGCAAUGGCUGAAAGUGCCAGUGGCAGUGUAAAGGCUGAAGAACCAGUAGCACCAGCAACAAAAGUUGAAGAGCCAGAAGCAUCAGACAAAGUUACUGAACAAGCUAGAGACAAACGUGGAUAUGUUCUUGGUACAUACACUUACAAUGAACCAAUUGUCUACAGCUCAUAUCCAACUGUAUACCGUACAGCUCCAGUUCACUAUGCCAGAACUUACACUUAUCCAUCAUUCUACUCACCAUACGAAUCCCAUGUUGUCUUGUAAAUAAUUUACAAAAUUAUAUCCACGACAACAACAAGUUAAAAAUGAAAAAAAAAAAAACUCAUCACAAG